CGACCAUUACUACCUAAGUGCGCGCUACUUUCAAAGAUGACCCUAGUCGCAGUGCGCUAUCAAAAGCCAGUUUUCCGACCUAGCUGAGCCUUUUCCUAGGCCAUGUGCCACAGCCCCUCACGGCAGCGGGUAGAUUGGGGCGGCGUUACAUGUGGGGGCCAAGGUAUCAAUAGCCAUGUGGCACAGUCGAAAAGAUGCGGCGUUUAAAGGCGCCCGCAUUUUCUUCACUUGACACCUCACCAAGUCGUCGCGAUCACUGACCCAUGCUGCGGAUCUAGCAACGUCUCGAGUUUCUGUGAAGGCAUGUCUGGAUCACCGGAGCAAGCCUUCCACAACGCUCGAAAGAAGUCGCCCACCCCUCAAGGCACUUACCAAGCACUUCCACUCAGCGCUCAUAAGAAGCCCUAUAUCUCAGAAAGGCUGCAAUCCGGCUUGCGCGCCGAGGAGAAAAUCACAAGUUCACGGGAAUCUCGACACUUAUGGAAGCACUGGCGAUGGGAGACCUUUACCUUUCUCCUUGGAACAGCAGCAUUCGCAACUAUACUCGGAUUGCUCCUCCAAUCUCGGAACAACCCUCCUCAACAAUGGAAUCUGAACGAAGUCCACGUUCAGAUCCCGGCCAUUAUAGCAGCGUUAUCACAAGUCGCACAAUCGGCGCUUCUAGUCCCAAUAUCCUACUGCAUUGGGCAACUGAAGUGGGAGUGGUUCCAGCGUAGUAAAAAGACUGUCGAUCUUGACCGCUUUGAUCUGGCGAGCCGGGGACCAGACGGCAGCAUAAGGCUUCUCUUUCAUCUGGCUUGGAGACAGCGCCUAGUUUCUCUUGGAUGCUUAGCGACAGUUUUGGUGCUGCUACUCCCCACCUUUAUCCAGGCGUCCGUCCAGAUAGGAGAGAAGGAAGUCGCGCUCCAGGACGACCGUCAUGCAUUGAUCCAGCGCUCAACCAACGUAUUCAUGGAUCCAGGAACAACAGCGAGGCUUUUUGUAGCGACUGACGAUACUGCCUCACCAAUUGAAAUAGACACGAACCUCAACACUGCGCUUAGGGCUGGGUUUACGUGGUUAACUUAUGCCCCUCCUGUGUCAGCCUUUUGUGCUGCAGGUUCGUCAACAGCGAAGUGUUCAUGGGCACCAUUCAAAACUCUAGCCCUCUGUUCUUCAGCAGAAGACAUCUCUAAGGACAUCAUACAGGAUAGCGACAACGUCACCCUAGCAGCUCUGCGAGACUUCCUCCCAUCGGCGGAAAGUUCUCCAAUAUUUCAGUCCGGAUCAUAUGUGUAUAUGAAGGAAAACCAAAGUGCACAAUCAACUCAAUAUCCUUCUCAACCCCUCCCCAAAACGUCUGUCAGCAACGACACCAACCUACCGAAUCUAGCAGAGAUAUACUACCUCUAUUAUGACGGUUGCAUUGAUCGGCUGUCCGGUGGCAACAAGACGGAUCCACAGCGCUGGAAAGCAUUCAAGGGCCGUCUCCAAUUCUGCCUACAAACAGUGGAAGCCAGCCACGAGUUCUCGACUAAUACCACGAUCGUCGCCUCUGAGGCAAACCUUGCGUGGUACAAAACGACGAAGUUCAACGAAACGGCUUUCUGCACCAAGGUCGAAUCGGAGAAUGAGGACUUCUGCGUCUCUGAGUCACUCAUGGAAAGCCUUUCCAUGCAAUUGAACUCUAUCUUCAACGUCACGGCGUUGUUCAAUUACUCGAAUGGCGAUACCAUCAGAUACAACUCUGAAUGGGGUCCCAUCCUGACCCAUGAUGUUUUCGGAAGCCCCGGAGAAACAAUGCCAAUCUGUGGUAUGAAGCGCGGCAGUAGCAACGGGCACAAUCCAGACCCCAAUGAACGUACUGGGUUGUAUGGUUUCGAAAGGCGCAUCCAGACUGUGGCUGACAGCCUGACCACCGCUUUCCGAACCGACCAUCUAAGCCAAGACGUUCUCGGCCGCUACAUAAACCAAGAACCAGCUGUUCUUGUCGACUUCCGCUGGUUCAUACUACCCGCAACUCUCUAUCUUAUCAUCACAGUCUUCUUUAUCGCCACCGUUUUCACGACCAGGAAUACGCCGAUGUGGAAAUCAAGUCCCUUGCCGCUACUAUAUUCGAUGAAUUCAGAGGAUACCGAUGGGUCGGAGGAUCGGAUUAGGAAAGAGGCGAAGAGCUGGAUGCGGUUGAGACGAACCACGGCAGGUUGGCAAAUGAUUUAUACGACAGGGGUACGGUAG